UUGCAAGAUCACCAGUAUUCCGAGAGCGCCGACGAAGUGUAUGCCUUGAACAAAAUCCGAGGAUCCUUUCUACAAACGCAAGAGCCAAGAUCAAUACAUCCUGAAGUCGUUUUGCCAGCAUGGGGGAUGACACCGACGAGGGUUGCAGGGUCUUUGUUGGGGGCCUCUCAUGGAAGACCUCUAGCAAGGGCCUUCAGGAUGCUUUCGCCACGUACGGAAGGGUCCUUGAUGCUAAGGUUGUCUGUGAUCAUCAGAGCGGCAGAUCCAGGGGCUUUGGCUUCGUGACGUUCAGGGACAAGGGGUCUGUGCAAGCCGCGAUCAAGCACUUGGAUGCGCUGCAGCUGGAUGGCCGGAGGGUUACUGUCAGAAGAGCGCGUCCCAGGGGGACAGAAAGGCAGGAGAACAAUACGCGGCUGGAAGAUGGAGGCAAGGGGGGACGCGGUGCUGAAAGGGGUUGCUGCCACAAGUGCGGCGCCCGGGGUCACUAUGCUCAUGGAUGCCACUCGGGCGCUGGAGGUGGGGUGGGGGGGGCUAAUAGAGGCGGUGGAGAAUCUGGCGGUGGCAGUGGCUACGGAGGGCUUCGCAGCGCAGAGCAGUGUGAGGAGUACCACGCUGAACAGGAGGAGCGUUCGAGGGGCCCUCCCAGCUGGAGUGGCAAGAAGCGCGCAAGGGGCUACUCUAGCGAGGACGAGGCGGGGCAGGACAGAACGGGGCCAUGUCGUGGCGGAGCGAAAGAGCGCGGGGGGGUAGCCACGCCAAGAAACUUCGAGUCGACGAGGGCCCCAAACCCCCUGGAGAGACGGCACCGGAAAGGAUUGAGAGACGGCUGCCUUUCACGGGGAGGCCCAGAGGCGCGGAGGACGGAACGGGGUCUUGACACUCGUGAAGGCAUCAUCGAGCACCUCCGGAUUGUUGGCCGGAAGGACGCCUUCCUGUCGUGGCUGGCGUGGGUGGCGAAGAUUUACAGCAAUUGGAGGAGGCGAACACCUUGGGUGGACGAUCGGGACUACACAAGGCUGACUGUUCACCUGCUCCUCUUGGGCUGCCCGGGGUCAGGCAAGACUACGUUCUUGUACCACAGCUUGCGCUGGCUGCAGGAGUGGCUUAGACCAGAUACCCCAGAAGCGGAAGCGCACAGGCUGGACUAUCUGGCGGGCGCGAUCUACAGUGAGAGAGCAACGCGUCUAGAGAGCGGCCAGUUGAAGUUGGUGAAGGACUUGCUUGUUGCCCUGCACACAGCUGCUGGCAGCAACGGAGUUCACGCCUUUGGUGUCCUCAGGGUCGAGCAGACCAGCCUGACGGACACCGACGCCGAGAAGAUGGUGCGCAUCAUAGGGCGCCACGCGCCAGCGCUGAGGCUGCUCUACUCACUGCUCAGCCCGCUCGAUGGCCCCGCUGAGGAUGAGUUCGAGGAUGAGGAGGAGGAGCUCUUCAGCAGCUACUCGACCUUCUUAGGCGACUACUGCGGGAGCGCCCCCGAUUAUGUUCAGGAGUGCAUCUCCAUUGAGGCCGUCCUUGCCUUCGCUCGGAGAGGGCUUGGAGUCCCCCAAGAGCAGCUGCUUCUGGUGCUGCUCUUGAUUGACGAGGGCAACACUGCCAGCGGUGUCUUCCCACGGGAAAGCCCUUCCAAGACCAAGAAGCACCUAACGUGGUUGAAGGAGUUUCUGAGCGUGAUCAUCAGGACCAACAACGAGGCAAAGCGGGACCUGAUCAUCCCAACAACCGCCACCACGCGUCGGGCCUCGACCGAUCUGGAGUGCACCGCUAGCGGCCAUGCUCAGGCUGCGUACGUCCCGCUCAAGGCCCUCUCCGUGCCCGAGCGGAAACGACUGAUCUGCGACAUCGCCACCCGGGUGGCCAAAGCCCUUAAGCGGUCCCGUGUCGGAGUCAAAGACCUGUCGAUCGCCUUGAACGACGCCCUAGACUUCGUUGGCGGGAAUCCCAGCCUGAUGAGCUGGCUGCUGGAAGAGCUCGGAGGCCCUUCUUGGCAUGAAGAUUUGGACCUGGUCGUAAAGAGCAUGGACUACACUAAGUUGCUGGUGAAGCUGGGAAGGCUGAAGAAGGCAAAACGAGCGGCACGGAAAAGGAAAGGGGGAGCCGGAGAGGCGCCGCCGUUUACGGGCGCAAUCAGACGGAAAAGCAAAACGGAAAGGAACUAG